AUGGUCACACAGCAUCCCCUGUCCGCUCCGGGCACCGGUGAUGCUGAUGAUGCCAUUUAUCGCCGUCGAAUUCCUCCACCGCGCCUGAGACUGGAUAGCAGCAGCCAUAGCAACCAUAGCCAUGGCCCUGGUUAUCCCAACUAUAGCCACCGUCCGAAUUUGAAUCAGCCGUCUCCCACGCUGCCAAACACUUACGCUCCACGAAGUCCGCGUCCGGCCCAACCGGGCUUGCACUACACCAACCCCAACACCGUCGCCGCCACCACCGCCGCCGCCGCCGCCAACACGAAUAAUAAUAUACCCUUGCGCAAUGAAGAGCCGGGAAGCCCUUUGCAUGAUAAUAUACCAGAUUAUAAUAACGACAUGGCGCUUCCUAAAUCCCCCCCGAGAAACACCUUGACAUCUCCCAAUGGACAGCGUGCGAGGGAACAAGAAGAAGUCGCCUGGCCAUUACCGAUGACUGACAGCACUACCACCGCGCCUCGUAUGCGCUCAGGCCGGCCCGGUCUGCGCAUUUCCAUGUCAACCUCUUCUCUUUAUGGCAGACGCCGUUCACCUCGCCCUGAGCGCCAAAAUGCGGAUAUGAGCCUGAAUAAUCGACCACUACCUCGAUUCCCUCCCCGCGUUACCCCUGACCUAUUGCAAAAUAAUGACCCAUUGCGUUCCAGCCAGAACUCUGGACAGACAUCGUUCUCAAGCUUCGAGCAGAUGAGCGGCACAGAGCGCAGCAGUAUAUUGACGAAGAGUAGCUCCAUCACCGAUAUGUCGCCGGAUACCCCAAACGGCUACUUUGGUGAGGAAGAUGAUAUGACUGUUGAGGAUGCCAUUGGAAUGUAUCUUGAUGAUAUCGUUGACCUUCCGGAGGAGUCGACAUCCUCACAGUCUAUAACGCUAGUGGGAGAACUAGACGUUAUUGCGGAAAGUAUCUCUUCGCCCGCCAAACACUCAUCUGUUGCUUCGUUGACUCCAAGGCGGGAAAGCCCUGCUGUGAUGGAACAACAUCUAGCUGAGGAUGAUAAUUCAACAGAAGAAUUCGAAGAUGAGCGGAACACCGACGACGGCCCGUACGAACUACCUGAGAAACACGAAGACAUAGAACCAUCGCGAUUGGCUGGAUCAUCGCAAUCACAGACAGGCCCAGCAGAGCUGGAAGAUGUCGAAAUGCCUGCGCCGAGAAAGGCAUUGCCCAGACAAUUCCCUUCAAAGAAUCUUUCUAUUGACGUCGCGUUGGCCAAGAAAGAUUUCAACAGUGUCGCGAACCAACCGAUACCCAGCCCUCGUUACUCCACCAUAGUGCGAGUCGCAGGCAAGGUGCCUCCGCCUUUUCUUGCAGGCAUUGACGAUCGAGAUCGCUAUGGCUUUCGUAAAAACACCCAUCACGUCUCGCGUGAACAGUUUGAAGCUUGGAACAAACCAUAUGCCGCAUUUGCUGAACAUCGGCGGCUAAAGUGGGUGAAGCUGUUGGAAUCAUCCGGGCUGCCAACCGAUGCUCCCUCCACUUUCCCUCCCAAGACCAACCUGCUCAAGAGAUAUGUUCGAAAGGGCAUUCCCAGCGAAUAUCGAGGUGCGGCGUGGUUCUAUUACGCAGGCGGGUUCCAGCACAUGCAUCCUCAUCCGGGACACUACGCUGCGUUAGUGGAACAGGCCAUGUCGUCGCCCAUCAACACUGACAAAGAACACAUUGAGAGAGAUUUGUAUCGGACAUUCCCUGAUAAUGUUCACUUCAAACCGGAAAUGGCAGAUAGCAUGACUGGUGUUGGCGGUGCCGGAAACAGAAACAAUUCAGUGAUUGUCGAAACGCAGAUGAUCCGGUCCCUUAGGCGGGUGCUGUAUGCUUUUGCACUUCAUAACCCACGUGUUGGAUACACGCAAUCACUGAAUUUCAUCACGGGGAUGCUGCUUCUUUUCCUACCAGAAGAAAAGGCCUUUUGGAUGCUGCAUAUAAUAACAUCUGAACUGCUCCCUGCGACGCAUGAAAUCAGUCUGGAAGGCGCCAAUGUAGACAUGUGGAUUCUGAUGGUCCUGUUGAGAGACAACUUACCGCAAGUUUACACCAAACUGGUCAGCAACACUCCGACAGUGGCCAAGGCCAAGGCUCCAGCUCUGACAGUCAAUAUGCGACUGCCCGACAUCACGCUCGGUCUCACCAACUGGCUCAUGUCGAUGUUCAUUGGCAGUUUGCCCUUGGAGACAACUCUCAGGGUAUGGGAUUGCCUAUUUUACGAGGGCUCCAAGACUUUCUUCCGCAUCGCAUUGGGGAUCUUCAAGGCUGGCGAACGCGAGAUUUUGUCAGUCUCUGACCCAAUGGAAGUCUUCCAAAUUGUCCAGACUAUUCCUAAAAGACUACUGGAUGCCAACGCGUUGCUGGAGGAGAGUCUAAGCAGGAAAUACCGCGUGGGCCAAGGGCGCAUUGACGCGUUGCGUGAGGAGCGGCGAGAGGCUGUCCGCCAGGAAAAGACUCGCCUGUCAUUAUUCGCAAGCAAGGGCUUAGGCUUGGAUCGGCCGGCUACUCGCACGGGAUCCAGAAGCCCUCUUCCUCGACUGGAUGGUUGGAGAACUACAAAGAAAAACACCUUCAAUUGA